GCGAGCAGCUGCAGUUGACAACGGAAAAGUUGCGGAAGGAAGAAGCUGCUGUAUAUACUACAUACAAAUAAAACUUAUUUAUAUCGUUUGUGUGAAUUAAAUAACGAAAAUGCUGCGUCACUUUGUGAGUUCGGAAAGCAAAAUUGCCGGCCUAGUGGGCACACAGACACGCCCACACCGCAGCUAUCACAGCAAGAAGGGCGUCUGGGGCUAUCGACCAGUCGCCAAGCGCGUCUUUGAAGUUGCGGAAGAAGCGAAACUGGCAAGGAACUCUCAGGGUAAUGUCUAUCGCUGGGUCGAGGCCUUUCGCCAGCACGGACACAAAUUGGCGGCAGUAAAUCCCAUCAGCAUCAAAGAGCCCAACAGCGAAAGCAGCGAGCUGCAGGAAUUAAAUCCCGCAUUUUAUGGACUGCAGACGCAGCAAGCGGUGCGCACCGCCAACCUCUUGAGUGCUCCAGCGGCAUCUUCUGGUGGCAGCCAAAAUGUCCAAAAUGUUGCCCAGCUGGAGCAGCUGCUGCGGGACAUUUACUGCGGCAGCGCAGCGAGCGCUGAGUUUGCCUACAUCGAGGAUACUGAGGAACGCGAAUGGCUGGCUCGCAAUUUUGAGACACUCAACGAACACCAGCUGCAGUCGACGGAGCGCUGCGAAAUUGCCGAAUUGCUAAUUAAGUCGCAGGCAUGGGACAAUUUCAUGGCCCUCAAAUUUCCCACAGUCAAGCGUUAUAGCGGCGAAGGAGCCGAGUCCAUGUUGGCCUUCUUCUGGCAGCUACUGCGCGACAGUGUGCAAGCAAACGUUGAGCAUGUGGUUCUGGCGAUGCCCCACCGAGGACGCACCUCGCUGCAAGCGGCAAUGUUCAACAUGCGACCGGCGAAAGUUUUUCGCAAACUAAGCGGCACAUCAGAGUUUGCCGACAACGUCGAGGCCAUGUCCGACGUCAUAACUCACUUCCAUGUUUCGGAGCAGCUGCAAGUUCUGGGCAAAAGCAUCAACUUUAGCAUGAUACGCAAUCCCUCGCACUUGGAGGCAGCUAAUCCUGUGGCCAUGGGCAAGACACGUUCCAAGCAGCAGACUCGCGGCGAAGGCGCCUUCGACAACGCGACUACAGCUCAACCCUUUGGCCAACAUGUGGUCAAUGUGAUACUCCAUGGCGAUGCCGCUUUUGCUGGCCAGGGCAUCAAUCAGGAGUGCCUGAACAUGGCCUACGUGCCGCACUUUGAAGUCGGCGGCAGCGUGCAUCUCAUUGUCAACAAUCAAGUGGGCUUCACCACGCCUGCAGAUCGUGGACGCUCCUCCGCCUAUUCCUCUGAUCUGGCCAAAUCGAUACAGGCACCAGUGUUCCACGUCAACGGAGAUGAUCCCGAAGCUGUGGCACGCAUCACAAACUUGGCCUUCCGUUAUCAGCGCGAGUUCCGCAAGGACAUCUUCAUCGAUAUGAACUGCUUCCGUCGUUGGGGUCACAAUGAGGUCGAUGAUCCAACGUUCACCAACCCCUUGAUCUAUAAAAUAAUUCAUCAGCGUCAGUCUGUGCCUGAUCUCUAUGCCGACAGGCUAGCCACUGAAGGUGUCUUAAGCAAAGACGAGGCCAAGCAGCUACGUGAGAAGUACAUGGCACAUCUGGGCGAGGAACUGGCUCUGGCGCCCACCUACGUACCGCCUCCCUCGUUCUUUGAGAAGCAAUGGGCUGGUCUCACCUCGGCACCAGCUAAUGAACUGACCUAUUGGGAUACUGGCUUGGAUUAUGGUCUGCUGCACUGGAUUGGCCAGCAGAGCGUGGCCUAUCCCGAGGACUUUUCCGUGCAUCCACAUCUGCUCAAGACCCACAUUCAAGGGCGCCUCAAGAAGCUAGAGGCAGGCAACAAAAUCGACUGGGCCACAGCCGAGGCAUUGGCCAUUGGCAGUCUGAUGUACCAGGGCCACAAUGUGCGCAUCAGUGGCGAGGAUGUGGGACGCGGUACCUUCUCCCAUCGCCAUGCCAUGCUGGUGGAUCAGAAGACCAACGAAAUGUACAUUCCACUCAAUCACAUCGAAGGCGGCAACGGUGGCAAAUUAGAGCUGGCUCACAGCAUUUUAUCCGAGGAGGCUGUGUUGGCUUUCGAAUAUGGCAUGGCCAUUGAUAAUCCACAGAAUCUGAUUAUAUGGGAGGCGCAAUUCGGUGACUUUGCCAAUGGUGCCCAAAUCAUUAUUGAUACCUUCAUAGUUUCGGGCGAAACCAAAUGGAUGGACUCAAAUGCACUGGUCAUGCUGUUGCCACAUGGUUACGAUGGUGUUGCCUCCGAGCACAGUUCGUGCCGCAUCGAACGCUUCCUGCAGCUGUGCGACUCGAAGGAAACGUCGCCCGAUGGCGAUGGCGUCAAUGUGCAUGUGGUGAACCCCACAACACCUGCCCAAUACUAUCAUGUGCUGCGUCGCCAGCUGGCACGCAACUUCCGCAAGCCAUUGGUGGUGAUAGCGCCCAAGACUCUGCUACGUCUGUCGGCAGCUACAUCAACGCACGAGGACUUCCAACCGGGCAGCAUGUUCCACAAUGUGCUAGGAGAUAACACCGUGCAACCGGAACAGGUGCGCAAGGUCAUCUUAUGCAGCGGCAAGCACUAUUACAAUCUGGUCGAGGAGCGGCAGAAGCGUGAGGCUCACGAUACGGCCAUUGUGCGUCUGGAAUCGCUGUGUCCCUUCCCCGUGCAGGAGCUGCAAGCCCAGCUGGCGCAAUACGGCAACGUGCAAUCGUUCAUUUGGAGCCAGGAGGAGCACCGCAAUAUGGGUGCCUGGACAUUUGUGCGGCCCCGCUUUGAAAAUUUAAUUGGGCAGCAGCUCAAAUACUGCGGUCGCUCUGAGGCACCAACUCCAGCCACUGGCAUUGGCAAAGUGCAUAAACAGGAAGCUGCUGAGGUUGUCGCUGCCCCCUUUGAAGUUUAGUGAAUCGCUGCCUUCUGCCUCCGUCCCCUUCUCCACUUCCAUAGCAUAUAUCACACAGUACUUUAGCUCAAUAAAACUGCCGAAAAAAAAACAAUAAGAGUGAGGGAAAAGCAGGAAAAAACAAAUGUGUACAAGG